CUUCAGGAAAGAGUAGACUUAGGAAGCGACAGAGGAGAGUCAACAGUCACUAUGUGAUAGCUGCAGGGCUUAUUUAUUUACUUAACAGAAUAGCAUCCUCUUUUCUGUGUAAACUGGAAGGCCUUGGUUUCAUUACCUUCGUACUUUCUGCCCAUAAUGAGCGCAGAACCCAGUAGAAACUCUCCUGGCACAGCAUCUAAUGAGCUCUCGAAUGUGCAAAAAGCAGUCAACUCUGAAGAGCCCUGUGUAUAGGGUCAACAAAAAAAAGGCACUGGGUUAAAUUUUUGAACAAAAAAAGCCCCAAACUACACAAAGAACAAGUCCGCAAACAUUUUAAAUGUGAAGCAUUCCCUUGUCUUUUUUUCCCUAGGUCUACUCAGACAAAUUAGGAAGAUAUCUCAUUCCUGCUCAAGUCCAGGAAUUUACUGAUAUUGGUCAACAAUUUCAUCUGUGUGACAGAUGCUUCUUCUGCAGACCUGUUGUGGUGCAUUUACUCAGGAUGAUGUCAGAGCCAAGGGAGGAGCAAGAAGAGCACAAUUCCAAAUAUGAGCAACUCCAGACAUAUCCUCAUACUCCAUGGCGUGAUGCUCUGCCACUAUGUAAAAAAGGAACUCAAGCCACGUGUUGCAAUUCUGUGGUAUUGCGGUGAAACGGAGCAUCCCUUUCCUUUCAGAGUUUACAAGUAUUUAUAAGGGAGCCAGCUUCCUUCAGAUCACAAACCCAACCUGCCUGGCAACUUCAGUUGACAGCCAGCACAGGAAAAGAUGUCUCAUAUCCUAUUUGCCUUACUUUCAUUAUUUUCCUUUGCUGCCCUUCUGGAAGCACAGUGGAAACUGAGGGAAAAUGUGUAUGUCAUAGAAUCAGAAUGGACCGAUGUGACACCAGCUACAAGAGUGAAGCUCACCUGUAACACACCUGAUGAAGCACUGCCAGUUUACUGGAAGAAGGGCACAGAACUGAAGGGAACUGGAAAGACUUUAAUUGCCGAAGUGAAAGAAUUCCCAGAUGCUGGCAACUACACCUGUCUGAGAGCUGAUACCCAUGAAAUCAUCAGCUAUGAGUUCUUCCUCAUAACUAAAGUAGACUCUAAUGGGCAAAUGAUAAGGUCAAUGCUGAGAAGCUUUGAAGAGCCAAACAGGACAUUUUUAAAAUGUGAGGCAAAGAACUACUCUGGAAUUUUCAAAUGUUCAUGGAUGACAGAAAAUGAGAGUCCAAAUGUGAAGUUCACAAUCAGAAGUCUAAAAGGCUCUCAGGGAGAUGUAAUCUGCAGCAGCCCUGUAGCUCACACUGAUGAAUCAGUGACUGAAUACACAGCUGAGUGCCAGAAAGAAAACUACUGUCCAUUUGCUGAAGAGCACCAGCCGAUUGAGAUGUUCCUGGAGGUCAUUGAUGAGGUGGAAUAUGAGAACUACACCAGCAGCUUCUUCAUCAGAGAUAUCAUAAAACCAGACCCACCCCAAUGUCAGUAUGUGGCCACAAACGGAACAGUGACCUGGACGUAUCCCAGAACAUGGAGCACACCAAAGUCCUACUUCCCUUUGACUUUCAGGGUCAAAGCUGAAAGUACAGAGGAACAUACAAUCCAGGUCUAUGAGGCUGAUGAGCAGUCAUUUCAGAUUCCAAUAGCUGGGCCAAAAACCAAGAUCUCUGUGCAGGCCAGGGAUCGCUAUUACAACUCAUCCUGGAGUGAGUGGUCUUCAGUUUGCAGAUAACCAGUAAGAGAUUCUAGGAGAACAGCACAAGGCUCCUAAAGAAAGCAAAGAGUGAAUUACCACAAAAACAUAACCACAGUUAGAAGAAAAAACUGCAUUUGAGAUUCUUAAGAAGCCAUAAAAUAUCUUUUUUGUAAGAGAUUAAUAGUCCUGAUUUUGGCAGCUCUUUUAAGUUCCCCAGAUUUGAGUGAUGCCUUUAGCAUACACCAUGUUAUAUUAACAUGUAUUUUGAUACAAUGCUGUCAGCUGUUAUUGUAGGUUCUGCUUAUUCUUGGAGUGCGUCUAUCUAUCUAUCUAUUUAUUUAUUUAUUUAUUAUUUACUUGAUAUGAAUUGCAAUGUCAGAUGAUGGCAGUUGCUGUUUCAUGUUGUAAUUUAUUUGGAAAGUAACUUAUUGAAAGAACUGGUUUAGUAUUCCCUUAUUUAAUUGUUUAUUUAUUUGAUUAUUUAAUUAUUUAUUUGUAUUUAUUUUGUUGCAAUCUAUCAACACAGAAAGCCUUGGCUGCAUGAGGCAGCUACGCACCUCUCAGUUCCUCUCUGAUGACAGAUGUUUUUAGUAAAAGAAGGAAUUGCAAGCCCAGAGUCCUAGAGAUGUCAGCUGUCUGUGCUCACACGUGGUGAUGCCUGGCCAGGGAACACUGCAAACAGCUGUUGCACCAGAGAUGAGUUGCUCUCUAAGCCCCACACCUGCACCUGGACCCAGGCUGCAGUGGCAGCACUGGCGUGGAGGCAGUUUGAGAUGCUGUGGUUGACAAGGUCCUGUUGCCACCUCUCACGAACAUGAAAGGACAUGGGAGCCAGGAACUGCAGACAGCACCUGCUCCACAAAACUCCCUUUCUUUCAUGCCUGUGAUUAUCAGAGGCCUUUUAUUCAGCGUGCUCAGUGCAGCUCUUGCAGUGGAGUUUUCUGACAAUAAAAUUGAUUUGGACCUGCUAUGCCGCAGGCAGAACCACAGGGCACAAGCUCUCAGGGAUCUGCAAGUGAAACCAAGGCAGCUUAAACUAUUUAGAAGUUUAACUGCAGUGAAUCUGACAUUUCAGAGAGCGAUUGGUGACUGGUUUUAUAAGUGGAUGUUAAGCAUCUAAUUAGAGUUUUAUAAUACAGAUUUUUAUAGUUCAUUUUGAAAGUGUUUUCCUAGUACUGCAAGAAGUGCUAGAUGUUGUCACAGAACCUUAGGAAACAAAACUAGUCCUAGUUCUAGAGUGCUUACAGUGUAAGUCCCCAGGUCUGGAAAGAAGCAGAAGCAUGUGUUGAAGCCUGUACAUUUUUCUCAAACCACCUAAGUCCUGACUUUCAGGAGGGCAAAAUCCAUUAAAACAUCUUUGAGGAUUUAGGCCCUAAUUCCUGAUAGAAGUUCACUGAAAUUAAAGACUACCAUUGUGACCAUGCUUCCUUUUUCCCCAGCCCUAGAAAUGGGUGGUAAUUUAAGAUAUUUAAACAUUGAAGUAUCUGAUAUUUCAGAAAACUCUCAAAAAUCUAGCUAGAAGUGCUGUUACUAUUUAUUAAUAUUAAGUGGACGCAUCUUAUUUCUGCUAUAAAUGUAAUGUAUUGUGCUUAUUUUAUAAAGGAGCUAAUAAUAAAACACAUCUGAAAACAAGAAAAUUUGCUUUACUUGUGGUCUUUUAAGAAGAAUGGUUAAUAUCACUCUUCACUUUCCUAUAAGAACAUUAUACAUUACUUCUAAGGCAAUGUCUGUAGAGAGAAGUAACAUUAUUAAAUAAUGCUACCAAAUUCAUGGCCUGCAAAACUGCACAGAACCACACAGAAAAGUGAUGUCUCUUAGUCAGCAGUUUCUUCUAAGUCCUCUUCUGCAGGCUGUGAACUGGUUGUUUCUUUUUCAGUCUAAGAGUACAUUGAAGUUCACUGGGGUCUGUGGUCAGGAGGUUUGCAACUGAAACCAGGCUGACAUAGAUCCUGAGGUCUUUGAGGCUUCUCUCUAAUGCUGCUGA